UAAAAAAAGAAAGAAAAAGAAUAUAUAUUUUUAAAACAGUGUCCCUGAAACUAUAAGUAGAGAAUAAAACCCUGUGAGUGUGAAUUUACACUCAAGAUCUAGAGUUUUUGUCUUUCUUUUAAAAAAUUCUGUAAAGUACUCCUCUACUUCAUUUGGCAUCAUUCCCACCAGUGAUGAGCAUGAAAUAGUGUUCAUAUGUCCUCCAGCCUCAGUUUAUCCAAAGGCUCCCAGCCCAUAUCAGCUCCAGCAUCACCCUUGCAUGUUGGUUCUGGGUCUUCAGAGAUCCCUGGUCUCAGUUGCAUUCAAUUGCAUUAAUAACAGUGGGAGGGCCAGGAGGUGGAGCUGUGAAAAGCAAAAGGGAGGGGACGUUAGGGUAGGAGAAAGAAUGGCCAGGCUAGGCAACCCCUGACUCUGAGAUGGUGAAACACGUCUGUUUUCCAUAGUUACCACACCUGCUUAGAACAGAAUUUGAGAAGAGUUCCAGAAGGACUUUGAACAAAAUUACUAUUUUGAAAGGCGACUCAUUUGAGCAUAUUAGUGUAUUCAAAAUGGGAAUAAGAAUUCAUUCUCAUUACUUUUUAUUCACUUCACAUGUUUAGUGGAAAGUAAUUCGUGUCCAUACUCUAGUCCAGACAUGAUGAAUGCGUGCAGGUAAGCUCAGUGUCACAUAUACUGCUUGGUAUUAUUGCUCGCCUCAAUUUGAGUAUGUCCAGUCUUCCCCGAGCAGAUUAUAAGAAGUGAAGGAUUGUGAACCGUGUCUCCACCUUUUUGUAUCUCCCAUACCUAGUCUAGUGCCCUGAGAAUAUUAGUUAUGAUGAUAGUCCUCAUGUCUCACUUACAAAGGCAUUGAGAUAAUUUAGAAAGAGUAAGAUACAAAGAAUUUUAAGCACCUGAAAUAAGCAAAUUCUGAGUCCUCUUUCUGAUCUGAAAGUUAUUUUUUCUUACACAGUUCAGUUGUAAAGAUUUGAACAUGUACCCCACGUGUUCCAUAUGCAGGCUCUUCUGUGGAAUACAUUCAUAGCCGUUUCCAAUGAGACUUGUGUAAUUAAGGGGGGAGGGUAAUAAGCCCUGUGACAAGCUCUAAAGUGUUGUCAUUUGGAAGCAGAAAUUAAAUUUUACAUUGAAUCCUCUUGUGAUGGAAGGACACAAAAUGUAUUUGUAUCCUAUUUGAUACCAUAGACAUGUUUAUAAAGCUGAGUUUACUUUUCUUUUCAGAAAUACUUAAAAAGGAAGGACAUUGAAUCCAUUAGAAAAUUUGCAGCUGACCAUUUUAAUCAGGAAGUCUUACCUGUAUUCCCGAAAGCCGAUAGAAACUGGAAUACUCCAGUUGCUCAGUCCAUACUGGAGGAGCAAAGAUCAGGACUAAUCAGACUCAUGGAAAUCCAAGAGGCUGAUGUGGUCCUGCUAGCUGCCGGGGAGCACGAGAAAGCAUGCUCUGUGCUGGGAAAAUUACGACUGGAAUGUGCCGACCUUCUAGAAGCAAGAGGAUUGGUGCUCCGUGACCCAGCUCUGUUCUCUUUCCUUUGGGUUGUGGAUUUCCCACUCUUCCUUCCCAAGGAGGAAAAUCCCGGAGAGCUGGAGUCAGCCCACCACCCAUUCACUGCUCCCCACCCCAGUGACCUCCAGCUCCUAUACACUGAACCCAAGAAGGUCCGUAGCCAACACUAUGACUUGGUUUUAAAUGGCAGUGAGAUAGGCGGUGGUUCUAUCCGAAUUCAUGAUGCAGAGCUCCAGCGUUACAUUCUGGCAACAUUACUGAAGGAAGAUGUGAAAUUGCUGUCCCAUUUGCUCCAGGCCUUAGGUUUUGGGGCGCCCCCUCAUGGAGGAAUUGCCUUAGGGUUAGACAGACUGAUAUGCCUUGUCACUGGAGCACCAAGCAUCAGAGAUGUCAUAGCCUUCCCCAAAUCCUUCAGGGGGCACGACCUCAUGAGCAGUGCCCCAGAUUCUCUCCCUCCUGAGGAACUGAAGCCCUAUCAUAUCCAGGUCUCCUGGCCAGCAGACUCAGAAGCAGAAAAGAGCUCGUUGAAUCAGCCAUACCAUCCAGAAAAUUGAGCUUUUGAGUUUUGUCUGCUUUGCUUCCCCAAGGCUGAAAUCAGAUGCAGAGUUCUGCCACAGGUCUAAUAAGCAGGUCUUUAGGUGGAAGGAAUCCAGACAACAUUCUUCACCACAACAAAGAAACAGAAGGUAUCCAAUUUUGACUUGAUAACAGGCAUUACUAGGAUUUUUUGUUUGGGAUUUUUUUGGCAGUUUCUGUUACCUGGAGAGGUGUGAAAAUGGCCCUUUGUCUGAGUAAUAUAAUAGCUUAAUGUUUUCUCAUCAUGUUUUUCAUACCUGGAUAGUAGAUCGUUCACUUGAGACAGAGGUAAUCAGACCAUGUGAAAUGUGGGGAAAUGCUUGCCCCUUUAGACUAGUCAGUUGAUGGGGGGUUAGUUCAACCAGCAUCAUCAAGAGAGUCCUGUAAAUUAAGCUAAAUAGUGACAUCUCAACUAUCAGUAUAAUACAACGAGAAGCAUCAUGAUAUAAUGCAAAAAAAAAAAAAAAAAUCACC